UAAUCAUUAUUAAUUAAAAUUUUAAACCAUAUUAUAUAUUAAAACUCGAUUUCAAAGCCUUCGUUCUCGAAUCCCGCCGCCGGCUCUUACUAGGGUUUCAAUCUCCUCUCUCUUGCGGCGGCGAGGUUGGUGGAUUGCAGCUGCUCUUCUGAUGGCGAGAAUCAAGGUCCAUGAAUUGCGUGGGAAGCCAAAAUCCGACCUUUUGAACCAACUGAAGGACCUCAAGACGGAGCUCUCCCUCCUCCGUGUCGCCAAGGUCACCGGCGGCGCCCCCAACAAGCUCUCUAAGAUAAAAGUGGUGCGUUUGUCCAUAGCUCAAGUGCUAACUAUGAUUUCACAGAAGCAGAAGGCGGCUUUGAGAGAGGUCUACAAGAAGAAGAAGAAGCUCCUUCCUCUUGAUCUCCGCCCCAAGAAAACUCGCGCCAUUAGACGCCGACUUACCAAGCACCAGGAAUCUUUGAAGACAGCGUGAAAAGAAAAGGGAAAUGUAUUACCCAAUGAGGAAAUAUGCCAUCAAGGCCUAGAGUUAUUGUGUCCUUAGAUUUUGUGUUGUCUCUGAAACUGGUAUAUAAGGCUUUGACAUUGUUUUUUCAUCCGGAUGAAUUGCAUUUGGACUAUUAAAUCUUGAUAAUUACCCUUUGAGUUCAUUUUUCUA